UCCCUCAUACCUUAAAAGAAGCACCAAAUUACAUUUGAAGGUAGUUUAGCAGGUAGUGAUGAAAAUUUGUUUGAACUUCUCACUGGUUCACUUUUCUGUAUCACAAAAGACUUCAGGGAACAACUUGAACUCUCUCAAAGUAACUUCAAGAUGUUUCCUCACUUGGCAGUGAAAGCUUUAAGCCAAGCCUACACACUUCAAACUCAAGGCCCGCGGACCCGGAGUUGUAGCGCCGUGGGGAUGCGGUGAGGUGCUGUCACGCACCGUCAGUGUGAGCAAACAAAGACCGUCCUUUUGCAGCCUGGAGAAGUCAGUGCUGUUUGCCCACUGAAAUCCCUCGUCCAGAGAUCCUGCCAGGCGUGGGUCCCAGCUGGGUUCCCUCAGGGACCCGUGGGCCGAGGUGUAGGGGCAGGAGUGGGGAUGGAGCAGCAGCCUCGGCAGGGUCUGGCACGAGGGUCUGGAGGAGGCAAAGCAGGGAAGUUUGGCUGCGGGGAGCAGGAGUGAUGGGGAGCACCUUGCACCUGUCUCGGGAAAAACACCAGCGGGGAAAUGUGGUCACGAGUCGCGGUGUGUAUAAGUCCGUGACAGUCCUCCAACCAUUGCCAAGCAAGGAUGAGGGGGGAGACGGUGAAAUCGAGCCUCUGGAGCAGGAGGGAGGCGCGAACUGCUCGGAGAGGGGUGGGGAGAGCCGGGGAGGGCGGGCGAGGUGCAGCCGGGUCUGAGUCAGCCCGGCCGCACGAUGUGCGCCGAGGGCAGUGCCCGGCACGGCGCCGCCAGGAGCCCGCGUCCCUUCCCGUCCCUUCCCCGCCGCCCCCGCGUCCCGAGUGCCCGCGCCGGCCGGACCCGCUCCCGCCGCGGCCGCUGGCAGGGCUGCUCUGCCCUCGUUGUCCUCUCCCCCUCCUCUUCCUCCUCCGCCCGCGCGGGGCAAGGGCAGCUCCGAGGGCAGCCCGGAGGGGCCGCAGCGCCAGCUGGGGCCGGCUGCACCAUGUGAAGCGGCGGGGCUGCCCCCCCGCCCCGAGCCGCCCUCUCCCGCACCAUGAGGGACGGGGAUGCGGGGCAGCACCCACGCCGCGCACAGGUAGAGCCCGGGCGGCUCCUCCGCCUCCUGUCCUGCGUGGUCCUGGUGUGCGGGGCGGAGGUCGCGGCUCUCGCCGACUUCUCAGGUUACCUAACGAAGCUCCUGCAGAACCACACCGCCUAUGCCUGCGACGGGCAGCACCUGAGCCUGCACUGCCCUCGGCACUCCACCAUCAGUGUUCAGUCAGCACUGUAUGGGCAGGACCCCCACAUGUGCACUGCCUGGGAGCCUGAAACCAGGAUGACAGAGCCCAGGAACUGCGUGGCACCCACCUCUCUGCAGAAAGUACUGGAUGAAUGCCAAAACCUGAGAUCCUGCCAACUCCUUGUCAAUAGUCGGGUUUUUGGGCCUGAUCUGUGUCCAGGGACCACUAAAUUCCUCCUUGUCUCCUUUAAAUGCAAACCUACUGAAUACAAAACCAAAUCAGCAUGUGAAAACCAGGAACUGAAGCUCCACUGUCAGGAAUCCAAGUUUCUUAUCAUCUACUCGGCCACCUACGGCAGAUGGGCACACGAGGAGAGCGUCUGCUCAACAAAGGCGGAGCACACCCCUCCCUUUGACUGUUUGUCUUACACAGCGCUGGAAGUGAUAUCAAAAAGGUGUUACGGGAAGCAGAGAUGCAAAAUCAUUGUCACCAGCCGGGAUUUUGGAAGUCCAUGCCUACCUGGUGUGACAAAAUACCUAAACGUCAGCUAUGCAUGUGUUCCUAAGUUUAUCCUCACGGCUGUCAACCCCCUGGUCCCCGAUAACAAAUCUUCCAUCAAACAGAAUGAUGGUGUCGACCUUGAUCCAAAGGAAUCAAGACUUCCAAAGAAAGAUGGAACUAUUGUUAGCUCUAACUACUUGGCUACAUUUGCAUACAUUAGAGAUCACCCUGAAAGAGCCGCUCUCCUGUUUGUGUCCAGCAUUUGUGUGGGAUUAAUCCUCACACUCUGUGCCUUGGUGAUCUGCGUGUCGUGUCCUAGGGACAUCCAGAAACUGCACAGGAAGAGAGAUCCACUGGCGCCAGAGAGUGCCAGAGCCUACGAGAGCAGUGCACAGGAGGAAGAGGAGGAAGAGGAGGGGGAGGAUUCCUCCCUUUCCAACACCCAGGACGAGACAGACAGACUUUACAGACCUUCUUACUCAGGUUAUAACUCAGCAGAGGCAGCCGAACUGGCCGAAAGGAUUGAGCGCAGGGAGCAGAUCAUACAGGAAAUCUGGAUGAACAGUGGCUUGGACAUGACACCCCCUAGAAAUAUGAAUACAUUUUAUAUUAAUGAACAAUAAAUGGCUUAUUUUGGAUGACACUCUAUCCCUUUUAAAAAAAUGUACCUUCUGUGAAGGAACAUUUGUAUCAGUGAAUAUAAUUAUUUGUAAAAUAAAAAGAAAUAUAUGCAAUAAAAA